GGCUCGUAAGGCGAUUUGCAAGACUGCUUACAUACAGAGUAAUGACUUCAACAAGGACUGCACGGUCAUCGCAAGGAUCAGGGCCAGCAGGCGAAUCGUACCGUACAUGGGCUACAACGUACGAACAGCCAUCGAAAUAUGUCGGUGAUAUAUUCCCUUGUCUUGUACAUCCGAGACGAUUUCGCAUUUCUUGGUCCACAGUCAGUGUUGUGGAGAUUGCAAUGUUAAUGGUUAUUGCUAUAGACUAUUUGUGUCUGAGCGAACGAACUCUCCGUAUAAUGCUUCCUGAWGCAGCCCACAAGCAUGUUAACGAACUAGGGGAAUGGAUAUUACGGCUCUUCGGCAGCUUGAUAAUAAUGCAGGUGACACUUUUGCUAUGUGGCAUAUCGUUUGGAGAAGUUACUGCUCGUAAAAUAAUCUAUUGCGGUCUCCUAACCGGCAAUGUUUUAUCUGUUGCAAUGUAUGCCGCGUUUGUUCACAGUAUGUCCGUGUGGAACUCCAUCAACAUUGCAUUUGUGGCCGUACUCUCGACAUUUUCRCUGUUCAGAAUMAUCGUCUUGGUGUUGAACCCAAGGUGGUGGGUUUGGAAGAUUGUCUCGCUAACGUAGCGACAGCCCAUGACAUCGGUGUAAAUCGGCAAAUUUGUUCAAAUUCUGGUAGUUGCUAAAGUACUCGCCAAACAUGUAAAUAAAUUAAUUCAUGGCGAGCGAACUGGAAUUGAAUAAUUGUUGUUUAAUAGAAAAGUCAAAUUAACAUUACACUGUUGUUCAAACUUUGGAACUAAUGUCAAAAGGACUUGUCAAGCAGAGACAAUACAAUAUUAAUACCACUUCCUCCAAAAAAUGUCUUUAUAGAUAUUCAUGUUUCCGGAGGAAAAUUCAUGUACAAUAUCAAUAUUCCUUCAUAGCAAUGUAAGACGCUGUAGUAAGGAAGACAUUUCUUUGCAACUCCAUGGGCGUUCGCGGACUUGGUGGUCAAACAGCUGGCUAGAAAACGUUUCGCUCGGGUUCAAGCGUGUCCAAUGUCAAGUACACAAAUUCCAAAACUUGUACAAAAUCUUUUAUUUUAUAAAUAAAUAUUAUUGACAUUGAAAAGAACUGAAAUUAUCG